CUUCACCGAGGUGAGCUUCUUGACAUCUAUCAGCUUACAAUAGAUAAAGCUCCAACUAUGGCUGAAAUAAGGCUAAGGUUAACUGAAAAUGAAGUGUCCACCAAUGGUAGGACUGGGGCUGUUUCAUGGUUGAUUGAGGGUAUCAACAUAGAAAAUGCUCAAGAUGGCCUACGUUCUUCUAUAAGACAACUGCCAGAGGAUCCAACUGCUUCUCAGAGAAUUCUAAUGGAAGAAAAAAGGCAGAAACUCUUGUCUCGCAUUAAUAAGUUCCACGAGACUGCAUUGGUUAUGACAAAUGGGAUGGAAUUGGAAGAGGGAGCAGGAUUGCACCAAGAUGACCCUGAACUGUGCCUGGAGGAGGCUGAUGGAUCUAAUUUUCUAGGAAUUGAAGAGCUGGGGGAAGACAGUAUUUUGGACGUUGGAGAUGAUGCUGACUCACCUGCAGAGGUUGCUGAACUUUGGAUGCCA